AUGGAUAGGUCUUUUGGUUCAUCGUCUAUGAUCAGAGCUGUUCCUUCUAAUGAAACAGCAGCGACGUUCUCCUGCAAUGAGGAGGAAGAGAGUGGUUGGACUAAGUACUUCGAAGAUUUCUCGAACAAUAAUAGACAAGAACAGGCUAGUUUCUGCUCUUCUUUGGUUUCUGAUGCUUCUUCUGGUGCCGCAUGGAGAGUCUCGCAUAACAACAGCGUGCCGAAAAAAUUGAAGAAAACAAGAACCAAGAAGAUUGGGGAUCAUGAUUUGGAGGAUACUGCUAGUUCUCCUGUUAAUAGUCCCAAGAUUGGUGAUUUCAGACCAGUUGAUCAUAUGAAUCCCAGAAAGAUAGAAGAUCAUCGUAUCAACAUUAAUUCUUUGGGUAAAGAGCAUUUUGCAGAAAUGAAGCAGGCAGAUGAAAACAGUAGUGAUUGUUCAGGGAAAAAUGGUCAAAAUACAGACUUAAAGAAAAAAGGGUUGUGUUUGGUUCCUUUAAAUCUGUUAGUGAAUUAUCUUGUUUAAUUUUCAAUGAACUCCAUUGUAUCCAAACUCUUAUGAGUUACUUUGUAACAAUACUAAAGGAAAAUUCUGUGGAUAUAUAAAUGUUGUAUAUUUCUUCACAUAAAAUGAAAAAAAAACAAAACAUG